AUGAAAGAACAACAGCCAUUACUUACCGCCACCAAAAGUAGUGAUAUACUGUUAGCUUACCCAGUAGCUGUUGUGAAUGUUGAAGGUGUGAAAUGUGUGUGUGUGAUUCUAGACACAGGCACAGGAAGUUCUUACGCUUCUGCCGCACUUUUAAACCGUUUAACAAAUCACAAACAUCACAAAGAGAUAUGUAGAGUGGAAAUGAUGCUUGGAGCAGUUACUCGGGAAAUGGAACUGUCCACUGUUAAUGUUUUAGACUUAGUAGACGAUAAAUUUAAACUGAAUGUGAGUGUGAUGAAAGUGGAUAUGUCCGAACUUUUGAACGUUGAUAACCCACACUACCAACAACUAAUUGCCAAGUAUCACAUCUUGAAGGCAUGACCAUGGAUGACAAGGACGAAAAGCCCAAGCUUCCAAUCCAUCUCAUUCUCAGAGCAAGCGACUAUCUGUGCAUGAAAACUGACCAGCCAUCUUGUGUAGGCAAAACCGCGGAACCUGUCACAGAAAAGACAAAGUUUGGAUGGACAAUCAUCGUGAAAGGAACAGAGAUAGACUAUACCGUGUUACUAAUUGCCCAAUCCAACCAAACCGAUUAUGUACAACUUUGUCGUCUCGACAUGCUGGGCCUGGAAGAUCAUCCAGAACAUGACCAAGCAAGUGUGUACAUAGAGUUUAGAGAGCAACUCCUGAGGAAUAACGAGAAAGGUAGCUUACGAUGA